AACAGUAGAGAGGCUUUUCAUCAUCAUCAUCAUCCGUCGUCUUUUACCGCCAAACAACAGUAGAGAGGCUUUCAACUCCUUCCAGACACCUUUGAAUCUUUGCCACCAAUUCAAUUCUCAAAACCCGUCGAUUGUUUGAGCGGGGGAAAGACAAAAUGAGGGUUUUCAGGCAGCUGAGAUUAGCUCAUCACGCUUUCGUCGCCGUUAAUUCAAACCCUUUCCUCAACCGCUGCAUGAACUUUCGAUCGGUGGUCUCAUCUUCAUCAUCACUGUUAUCUAGUUUCCAUGCUUCCGAUUCUUCAUACGCUUCCAAUUUCGUAAAUUUGAAGAAUUCACCUCGCCACCAUUUGAAUUUGAAGCCAUGGGGGCCGUUUCUAGGGCAAAGGAGGACGAUGUUUAUUCAAACACAGCCGACUCCGAAUCCGGCAUCAUUGAUGUUCUAUCCGGGGAAGUCAGUUAUGGAAAUUGGGAGUUCGGACUUUCCGAAUGCUCGCACUGCCAUGAACUCACCUUUAGCAAAAUCACUUUUUGGGAUUGAUGGAGUUACACGAGUCUUCUUUGGGUCCGACUUUGUAACAGUCACAAAGUCUGAUGACAUUUCAUGGGAUCUUCUGAAACCGGAGAUUUUUGCUGCAGUUAUGGAUUUCUAUACAUCUGGUCAGCCUUUGUUUCUGGAUGAAAGCACCGCAGCUUCCAAGGACACAGCUAUUCAUGAAGAUGAUUCAGAAACUGUUGCUAUGAUAAAAGAGCUUUUGGAGACUCGCAUACGGCCAGCAGUGCAGGAUGAUGGUGGUGAUAUUGUGUAUAGAGGAUUUGAUACGGAGACUGGAAUAGUCAAAUUGCAGAUGCAGGGAGCAUGCAGUGGCUGUCCUAGUUCAUCUGUGACUUUAAAAUCUGGCAUUGAGAACAUGCUAAUGCACUAUGUGCCUGAGGUCAAAGGGGUGGAACAAGAGUUGGACGAGGAGGAAGAAGAGGCUGCUGCACUGAAAUAGAGCUGCUUCUUGAUAUUUCAUCCAAACAAACGCUUAAAAAUGACGAGGAUAGAGGGUUAAUGGGUUUAUACUGACGAUUAUUCACAUGUUAACGAGGGACAUCUUUGUAUUAUGAUUGAGUUCAAAAGUUGCACGUGUAGUAUACAUCUGUAGAUGUCAAUAAUCUGAGAAUAUGUAUCAAUUUUGUUUGAAAAUUUACAGUCUCUUAUUCAACCUUGAAUGUAGAUGAGCUACAGAUAGGUAAUUUAUAUGCUACAUUGAAGCAGCGUUAACAUUUCGUAGGAUAUACAGCGGUUAGUCAAUAGUUGCCUGCA